CAGUGGUAGGGCACCGGCUUCCCGGAGACGUGUAACAGGCGGUGGGCCGCAGCGAUGGCCGAGAGAAAAACCAAUGGUGGUAGCGCCGCCUCCGCCCCUUCCUCGGGCACUAACUUACUCUUCUCCUCCUCCGCCACGGAGUUCAGCUUCAACGUGCCCUUCAUCCCAGUCACUCAAGCCGCCGCCGCCCCGGCCUCCCUGCUCCUGCCCGGAGAGGAUUCCACAGAUGUUGGUGAGGAGGAUAGCUUCCUCGGUCAGACUUCUGUUCCCACAUCCACACCACAGACGUUUAGUUACUUCUCUCAGGUAUCAAGCAGUAGUGAUCCUUUUGGGAACAUUGGACAGUCGCCCUUAACCACUGCGGCAGCAUCGGUUGGACAGUCAGCAUUCUCCAAGCCCCCAGCUGCUCUCCCUUUUACAACUGGAUCACCAGAGGUGUUGAGUGCGUUUCCACCAGCCGUUUCAAAGGCUCAAUAUGGUGCUCCACCUUCCUCACAGAUGGGAAUAAAUACUUACUUGCCUUCUCAGCCAAGUAGUCUCCCGCCUUCAAAUUUUGGGAGCCCACCCCAAGGAACCCCCCAACAAGGAUACAACCCAUACCGCCACACCCCUGUCAGCAGCAGGGCGAAUCCCUACAUUGCACCCCCACAGCUGCAACAGUGCCAAAUGCCAGGCCAUCUGUCCCAGCCUCCACCCUCAGGACCCCCUGUGCAGAUGUACCAGGUGCCACCAGGACCUUUGCCACCGGUUCCUCCUUCAGUACUGUCACCAACACAGCAACAGGUACUUGCUAGACCCGCAGGUCCCUCUGUGCAGGGGCCACCUCCUUUUGUGCUUCAGAACCAGUAUGAACCUGUUCAGCCCCACUGGUUUUACUGCAAGGAGGUGGAAUACAAACAAUUCUGGAUGCCUUUCAGUGUGUUUGACUCUUUGAAUCUUGAGGAAGUCUAUAAUUCAGUCCAGCCAGACCCCGAGAGUGUGGUUCUAGGCACUGAUGGCGGGCGCUACGAUGUUUACCUCUAUGACAGAAUGAGGAAAGCUGUAUACUGGGAAGAGGAGCCAGCUGAAGUGAGACGCUGUACUUGGUUUUACAAGGGGGAUACAGAUAGCAGAUUUAUUCCCUAUACAGAGGAAUUCAGUGAAAAACUGGAGGCUGAAUACAAAAAAGCAGUAACCACAAAUCAGUGGCACCGCAGAUUAGAGUUUCCAAGUGGAGAGACCAUUGUUAUGCACAAUCCAAAGGUUAUUGUUCAGUUCCAGCCAUCUUCAGUGCCUGAUGAAUGGGGGACUACGCAGGACGGACAGACAAGGCCUAGGGUUGUGAAGCGUGGGAUUGAUGAAAGCCUUGAUGAAAUUCCUGAUGGGGAAAUGCCUCAGGUUGACCAUUUGGUGUUGGUGGUGCACGGCGUUGGGCCUGUGUGUGACUUGCGCUUCAGAGGCAUUGUUGAAUGUGUGGAUGAUUUUAGGGUGGUUUCUCUCAAAUUGCUGCAGACACAUUUCAAGAAAGGUUUAGAUGAUGGGAAAGUAAGCAGAGUGGAGUUCCUUCCAGUCCACUGGCAUAGUGCCCUGGGUGGGGAUGCCACAGGUGUUGACAGGAAUAUUAAGAAAAUCACUUUGCCAAGUAUUGGUCGGUUUCGUCACUUUACCAAUGAAACCUUGCUAGAUAUUUUAUUUUAUAACAGCCCCACCUACUGCCAGGCAAUUGUGGAAAAAGUGGGAGUGGAGAUGAACCGCCUGCAUGCACUCUUUAUGAGUCGGAACCCAGACUUCAAAGGAAGGGUCUCUGUUGCUGGUCAUAGUUUAGGUUCUUUAAUAUUGUUUGACAUCCUGUGUAAUCAAAAAGAUUUGAACAUCUCAAAAUCUCCGAGGCCUCCAGCUGUUGCUAAUGGGGUUGUAAAGCAGCCGAAUUUUCAUGAAAAGCAGAUGCCUGAAGAGUCAAAGCUGAGCUUGGAUGAGUCAUGUGACCUUGAUGUUGAAAAUGAAGAAGUCCUAACUUUGCAAGAAACUCUGGAAGCACUUAGCCUCUUUGACUAUGUUAGCACUUUUGAAAAGGAAAAGAUUGAUAUGGAAUCUCUGCUUAUGUGUACAGUUGAUGAUCUGAAGGAAAUGGGGAUACCGCUUGGACCCAGAAAGAAGAUAGCUAACUUUGUAAAGCUUAAAGCAGCCAAACUGGAGCAGAAAAAGGCGGCAUCAGAAAAGAAGGCAGUGAUGGCCGCUUUGACAAAAGGACAAGAAGAGAGUGUUCAGAAAGCUAAAGAGGUGGCUUCUCUCCCCUCAGAGUCUAAUGAGGCAAAGCGGAAACAUCCAGUUGGUGCUUAUGUGUCCUCCGUGCAUGUUGACUACGAGUCUUUUGAAGUUGGCACAGGGCAGGUUUCUGUUACUUACAGCUCAUUAGACUUUGAACCAGAAAUUUUCUUUGCCUUGGGAUCGCCAAUUGGUAUGUUUCUCACUAUUCGAGGAGUGGAUAGGAUAGAUGAGAACUACAGGCUUCCUACUUGUAAAGGAUUCUUCAAUAUUUACCACCCACUUGAUCCUGUGGCGUAUAGAUUAGAACCUAUGAUUGUUCGAGAUUUGGACCUAAAAGCGGUUCUCAUUCCUCAUCACAAAGGCAGAAAACGGCUUCAUUUAGAGUUGAAAGAAAGUCUCUCUCGCAUGGGAUCAGAUUUGAAGCAGGGUUUUAUUAGCUCUCUGAAAAGUGCUUGGCAGACGCUGAAUGAGUUUGCCCGCGCUCAUACCUCUUCAACUCAGUUGCAAGAAGAAUUGGAGAAAGUUGCCAAUCAAAUCAAAGAGGAAGAAGAAAAGCAAGUAGUUGAAGCAGAAAAGACUGUUGAAAGUCCAGAUUUUUCCAAGGAUGAGGACUUCUUAGGAAAGGUUGGAAUGUUAAACGGAGGCCGCCGCAUUGAUUACGUGCUUCAAGAAAAGCCAAUAGAGAGUUUUAAUGAGUAUCUUUUCGCUCUUCAGAGUCACUUGUGCUACUGGGAAUCUGAAGAUACUGCCCUCUUGUUGCUUAAAGAAAUUUAUCGAACAAUGAACAUCAGUCCAGAGCAGCCCCAGCAUUGAUCAGGCUUUGUUUACUCUAAGUCCCAGUAUAAAUUAUACUGCUGAGAGGAUGUUCAGAGGACCUUCCCCGUUUGCUCCUGUGAUGGAGGACAGAAAACGAUUCAUCAGUCAUUGCUCAGAUUUAUUUCUCAGAUGGAGGGUUUCAUUUAAAAGAAAAUGCGUAGAACAGAAAGACAAUGAAAAAAACCAUACCAUAUUUGGACCAUGUAGAUAAGAAUGCAGUAUAAAAAUGAUGCAAAGAAAAAUUUCUCGAAUCUGUUUAGUAUAUGGUUGUCAGGGUUAAGUGUGAUAUCAAUGAAGAAAUGCUUGUAGCAUGCAAACGGUUAUUUCUGUUUCUUAAAAACUAUUGUCAGUGGGCUGACAUUUUUCUUUUUAUUAAUGCAGUAUAUUCUUUUUAUUCUUUUUGAGAAAAUACAGUAACAUGAUUUUAAGGAACUUAUGUAAUACUUUAAAUGUGAAUGGUAGUUCUGAGCUGCCUUGAUGCAGGGUCAUUUCUGCCUGUGAAGAGGAAGUAGCCAGGGUUCUCAUUUUCCAAGCUGGAGCUGAGGUUUUAUGAAGCCUUCGUGCCACCAUCAAGGGCUUACUUGUGGAAGGAGUGAAGUGCUUCUUACUUUCCAGAAGUCCUGUGAAAAGCUCUCCUGACAUGUCCACCUUCACUGGAGAGGCAGCAAAUGACAGCUUUUCAUUUUGUCAUCUGAGGUAGCAGUGCCGUUGCCUCAUUGCUGAAGUUCCAUUUAAUGUGAGAACCAGAGUAGAAGUUUUUGUUUUUUGGUUUGUGUUAAUAUCACUUAUACCAAAGCGUUUGAAAGUAUGGAUGUACCGCUUCUAGGCUAUAAACAACUUCAUGAAAAGACUGCUGUAUAGUAUUGCACUUUGUUUUAUUGUAAAUUCAAGCUGUCUAAAUAUUUUCCUAAUACUACAAGGAAUGCUGACUUUCUUCUUUUGUUAUGUAGCAGAACAUUUUACAUUGUUUACAUAGUUCUCAUGGAACAUGGGAGUUUUUGAAAGUGACAUGAUACACAUUUUUGUGUACAUAUUCUAAUUGGAGAAUAAAAAAGUAACAGCAAUGCAUUUUUUAAGCAGCGAGCUUCUGAAUUUUCACGUCUUCCUUAAAAGUAUCCUGUGAGUUCAGUAUUCAUUCCUUCUCACUGUGUGUAGCUGCUGUGUGGUUAAUACAGCGUUUGCUACUGAUGACAAACUCAGAGCACAAGAUUCUAGAGCACCAGUUGAUGCCAGACAACAUAUUCCAGUCGCAUUCUCUAGCUGAUGACACGACACAAUUCGACACUGAAUGCCUUCCCUGACUGGGAGGUGGCAGGUCUGGGCUGGAAGACAGUUUUCUUGACUCCAUUUUGGCCUUAAUUUCUUUAUACCAGGAUAAUUACUUUUCACUUAGCUUCCCAAUAUUGAUGAAAUAAAGAAAAAUGAGGGUAAUUUAUGUAUAUUUUAAUAAA